AUGGAUUUUUCAGAUUUGGUAAUUUUCUUUUUUAUUGCAGCCAUUAGUUUUUUAAUUGGUUUUAUAUAUGAUUGUUCAAUCCGUUUAAUAGAAUUAAAACAACAACAACAAGCCAAAAAAGAUUUAGAAAAAGAUCAAUUAUUAAAGAUAUCAAAUUUAAAACAUCAAAUUAAAUUAGAAAUAGAAAAAAAAAUCCAACAUAAUAACCUAUUAAUUGAAUCUAAAAAACAAGAAUUAAAAGAUCAAAAAAAUAAAAAUGAGCUAGAAAAAUUAAUUAAAGUUCAUGAUGACCAAUCCUUUGAAAUUAGACAAUUAUUUAGUUUAAUAAAUCAACAAAAACAAUCAUUCCAAGCCCAUGAUAUUAAACAAGAAAAUCAAAUUAAAAAUUCAAAUCAAUUACAAGAGCAAAUAUUGAAAAAAGAUAAAAUUAUCGAAUUACUUGAAAAAAAGAUUGAAGCAGAACGUCAAGUAUUAAACCAGCUUUCAAUUGAACACAUUGAAGCAUUAGAGAAAUUAAAUUCUGAAGAAGGUCAAUCAGAAACUUUAGAUAAGGAAGAAAAUAUUGAAAUUUCAGAUAUUGAAGAGAAUAGCGAAAUUUCAGAUUUUAAAGAGAAUGAAGACCAUUGA